CACGACCACCACCAGACACCAGACCGCUGCGUGUGGUCCAAGUUUCAACCUCACCUCAACCUCAACCUCCUCGCCUUGUCCAAAAGACGACCAACUACGAACCCGCCGAAUCCGCUCUACCACUACGACCGUUUGAGCGAUCCGCCGUCGUCGCGCGCAUAGAUUUCUACCUGCUCCGGCGGGGCGCCUUUCUGCCUGCCUGCCUUUCUGCCUCCUUGGCUACUUACCUACCUUCCCUACGAAAGGAGAGGAAGGGGGAAGUGCGGGAACGCAAGGGAAGAGAUCAAGAAAUCAGGGGAGAAAAGACACAUCACGAGGGUGGGCCAACGCAGAGCAAGCAGAGCAGAGAAGCAAGAGCACACAGCAGCACCAGCAGCCAUGUCCCACCCCCGCGUGGAAGAAGUCUCCGACAGCGACCCGGACGCCAUCUCCGACCCGGACGAGGGCGACAUUGACGACUUUGUCGACACGGACAUUAUCCGGCGCGUCGUUCCCGACGACGACGACCAGGCCCGGCGCUCUUCACCGUCGCAGUCACAGUCACAUCAACGUGCCGCCGCGCAGUCCCACAUCCUCGACCCGGCCGACCUCAACCCCCUGCGAGCAGGCAAUGGCGGCGGCGGCGGCGGCGGCGGCAUCUCGCCCGACGAGCACGCCGCGUACAUGGGCUUCCAGACGCUGUACCCCGUCUACUUUGACGCGACGCGCUCCCGCGCCGAGGGCCGCCGCGUGCCCGCCCACCUGGCCGUGCGCAACCCCCUCGCGCGCGACAUCGCCAACGCCUGCUCCCGCCUGCGCCUGCAGACGCUCCUCGAGCCCGAGAAGACGCACCCCAAGGACUGGGCGAACCCGGGCCGCGUCAAGGUCGGCCUCAAGCAUUCGUCUUCUUCCGUCGCUGUCGUCAAGAACAAGCACCACCUCUACACCCUCGUCGCCAGGCACCUCGCCGACAACCCCACCACGGAGAGCAGCGCCGGCCUGCGCCUGCGCGUCGGCGGCCAGCUCCAGCCCCCCGAGGGGAAGCCCUACCCGCGCCCCGCCGUGCCCCGCGGCUGGAAGAUGGGCGACCUGCUGCCCUACCUCAGCCCCGCCAUGACGGGCGGCGGCGUCUCCGAGAACCUCUUCAAGGACAUGAUGAAGGAGAUGCAGGGCGGCGGGGACCCCAUGGCCGCCCUCAUGGCGAGCCAGCAGGCCGGUGCAGCCGGCGGCAGCGGCAGCGGCAGCGGCCUAGGUAUGUUGGCGGCGGACGAGGGCGGUGCAGCCGGCGGCGGCGGCAAGAAGAAAAAGGACAAAAAGGCCAAGGGGAGGGCUUGAUGGAUGCACGGACGAGAGAGCCUUCCCUGCUUCCUCGCUCGCUGGCCCCUCCCCCCCGCGUGGACGAGGUUGUAGGUACCUUGGAUGGUCAGUCGGCUGGUGUGUAGGGUUGUGCCGGGAGUGCGGUUACAGGACGGGCUCUGGACGUGGCAAGACAUGUGGUCGAUUGUUCGCCAUGGAUGCAGAGGUCCCAUCAGUCAGAUAUAUACCUCUGCGUGGGGGCAGAGUUGAGCCACCACGGACAUGGUGCGGACCGUAAAACACACCUAAAAUUCAAAUCACAAAACGAGCACACC